AUGAUGCCGUUAUCUCGUUUCUGCUUCAGUGUAACAGAAAAAAGCAGUUGUUUUCAAAUGAAGCCAUUGGCUCUGCUUCGUCCUCUAUCAAUCUCCGUUUCACCACCGUCACGCCUUAAACUACCUCGGCUCUUCAAUCGUAGCUUUCGCAUCUCGUGUUCCUCUCUUCAAUCAGAGCCGGAAAAGACCGAAGAUGUGGGUACAAGAUCGGAAUACAAGCCUGGAUUUUUUGAUGAUUUCUUCCUCACUCUGUUUCGAAACAAAAUGGUUGCGGAAGUUGGAUGGGAUUCAGAGAAGGCAGGAUAUGAUGGAUUAAUUGAAGUAGCAAAUCGCCUCAUGUUGACAGGCACAAGUAAUGCCGAUACUAGAGACGCUGCAGUGCGGAUAUUAAGAUCAUUGUUUCCUCCACUUCUGUUAGAUCUUUACAAAUUGCUCAUAUCUCCUUUAGGAGAAGGCAAAGUAGCUGCUAUAAUGGUCGCAAGGGUGACUGCUAUUACUUGUCAAUGGCUUAUGGGCACAUGCACUGUUAAUUCUAUAGACCUUCCUGAUGGAUCAUCGUGUGAGAGUGGGGUUUUUGUAGAAAGAUGCAAGUAUUUAGAAGAAAGCAAGUGCGUAGGUAUAUGUGUCAAUACAUGUAAACUUCCAACGCAGGCUUUCUUCAAGGAUUACAUGGGAGUGCCCCUACUUAUGGAGCCAAACUUCACAGAUUAUAGUUGUCAGUUUAAAUUUGGGGUGCUUCCUCCACAACCUGAAGAUGAUAGCACGCUCAAGGAACCUUGCCUUGAAGCCUGUCCAAUUGCAAGUCGAAGGCAAGUUUCCCUAAACAUAGCGCACUGUCCGAAAGCAUAAAUGCUCAUUGUUUAAUUAAGAGCUGACCAGUGUCUCUUGAAAUUAUUCGAAAAGCAUCCUCUUCUGCCUAAUCAGUCAUCUGUAAUCUGGUAAGUUUAGAAGCAGACGGUCAAUAUAAGCACGGAUUGCAAUUCUGCCUGCCUGAUCAGAUACUAUUUUGCUGUAAUACAAGAGAGAUAAUACGGGCGUGUGUGCGUGAGAGAGAGAGAGAGAGAGCAGUGUAUGGCACUCACCAAUUUGGGCUCUAUAUAAAAUGUACGGGUUUUUCUCCA